AUGGCACUCCCGAAGAACAAGAUGCAAUAUGUGCGCCUCGGCAACUCCGGGCUCAAGGUCUCGAAGAUCAUCCUCGGGACGAUGCAAUACGGCAGCUCGGGCUGGGCUGACUGGGUCCUCGACGACGAGGAAGAGGCCAUCAGGCACAUCAAGUAUGCGUACGAUGCCGGUAUUCAAAGCUUUGAUACCGCAAACGUGUACUCGAACGGUCUUUCCGAGGUCAUUCUUGGCAAUGCUAUCAAGAAGUUGAACCUUCCCCGCGAGGAGAUCGUCGUCAUGACUAAGGUCUUUAACCCGGUGUUGCCCCGUUACGAGGCCAAGUUCGGUGGCGCGGGAAAAUCUUCUGACGAGUUCAGGCUUGUGAACCAGAGCGGGCUUAGUCGCAAGCAUAUCUUCGAUUCGAUCAAGGCCAGCCUGAAGCGUUUGCAGCUCGACUAUGUCGAUCUGUUCCAGUGCCAUCGUUUCGACUACAACACACCAAUCGAAGAGACGAUGCAAGCGCUGCACGACGUUGUCAAAGCGGGCUACGCGCGCUACAUCGGCAUGAGCUCGUGCUAUGCAUACCAGUACUACGCCAUCAACAACAACCUCACGCCCUUCAUCUCAAUGCAGAACCAGUACAGCCUGAUCUAUCGCGAGGAGGAGCGAGAAAUGUUCCCGACACUCAAGCUCUUCGGUGUGGGGUCCAUCCCGUGGUCCCCGCUCGCCCGUGGUCUUCUCACUCGCCCGCUGACGGAAAAGUCGAAGCGUGGCGACACAGACUGGUUCCUGCCGCAGUACAAGGCCUCGGGCACACCUGACAUCGUGACGCGCGUCGAGGAGAUCGCGAAGAAAAAGGGCGUCAGUAUGGCACAAAUCGCGAUGGCGUGGUGCAUGUCCAAGCCGGGCGUCACGGCCCCCAUCGUGGGUACAACGAGCCUUGACAAGCUCAAGGACAUCCUCGGUGCACUCGAUGUGCAGUUGACGGAGGAAGACAUCAAGUAUCUUGAGGAGCCGUAUACGCCACAGGCGAUCAUUGGGCAGUUGUGA